AUGUCCGCGCAUCGGACAAUCAAGGUGUCUGGACAUGACGGGCUCAGAUGGGUUGCAGAAGCUUGUGCUGCGAGAACAUUAUGUGAGCAUCCUCGUUCUGCUGAGGGCCGCGUUGGUCAGAAGUUUCAACUGGACAAACUUCGAAGUUAUGUUGGAAGCCCCCCAGGAACAAAUCCUAAUUCACGACUGCAAUGGACAAACAACAGAGAAAAGGGUUGUUGGUUGAUCAAGUGCGUCUGCCCUGGAUAA